AUGGACUCCGAAAGUAAAACUGUUUGUACCUAUGAAGACGCGGGAGAUAUUCAACAUCGGGUUUCAAAUCGUCAGAAAAGAAGACGUGAAAAUGAAUUACAUGAAUUUAUGGAUGAAGUCCGUACAAUGAUCGCUAGUUUUAUUUCGGAACAAAAUAGCCAAUUAAGUACCUUGCAACAAACAAUAACAGAGAUUAAGGCCCAAAAUGCUGGAAUACAAACUAGUAUGGAAUUUCUAUCAGCUAAAUACGAUAAUUUAUUGGAGGAAUUAGAAAUAUUAAAAAAUGAACAAAAAAUGAAGAGAGGCCGUCUUCUUGUUAACAUUAUAAAAGAACGAAACAAGGAGAAUCCAGUGACAGCUAAAGAAAAAGAGUCAGCGACGUCUCUGAAUAUAGAAGCACAAGAAGAAAAUAAAGAAAACAGCCCAACAAACAAUUCCAUGCUAUCUAAACCAUGCCACAGCCGGCAAAUCGAUAAUGAUUUAGUUAUUUCGACAAGUGAAGAAAGUUUUAUUGAUGACUCUGAUACUGAUCCAAGCUAUGUUCGGCAAAAAAAGAAGAACUUGCGCCCUAAAGUAGUUCCUGAAUCUUCUUUUUCUUCCUCAAGUGAUAGCAGUAUACCCCACACAUCGGUUUCUAGUAGUAGUUCUGAUUCUGAAAUUGAAACCACGGCUAUUACCGAGACUGUUACACAAACUCGAAGGCAAGACAUAAGUAAUGAAGAACGUAAUGAUCAGUCCAAUGAAGAAGCAAAAAAAGGAAAGAAGAGGCUAAGAAGAGAAUCGGAAUGGAAAGCUAAUAAAUGUAAAUUCCUAAGGAAUUCAGAAUUCAAUAUUUCAUUUUUUAUGCCGAAAAAGGACCUUUGCGACCUUUGUGAGGGCUUUAAAAAUGCCAAAGAGGAAGAGAAAUUGAAAAUACGAGAAAAUUAUGAACAACAUCUUAUAGAAAAAAAAAUUGCAAGGGACCAUAAAGAAAGAGACAAGAAUAGAAAUGACGCAGUAAUUACAGCUGUAUAUGAUUUACAAGCUGUUAUGCAAGUUCCGAAGGGUCAAAUUUCAUUAUUUUUCUAUAAAUCUAGAAUCAAUUGUUUUAAUUUUACCAUAAGUGAUUUGAAGGCAAAAGAUGUAAUAUGUUAUUUUUGGGAUGAGACGGAAGGUAAAAGGGGCGCUGUAGAAAUAGGCUCAUGUGUUCUAAAGUAUGUUGACACUUUAUUAGAAAAGCAUCCUGACAAAGAUAUUGAUAUUAUCUUUUAUUCAGACAAUUGUUGUGGACAGCAAAAAAAUACGUUUUUACUUUCUGUUUAUGCGUAUGUCGUUGCUACUAAAAGAGUAAAGUCAAUAACGCACAAAUUUCUUAUACGUGGUCAUUCUCAAAAUGAGGGCGACAACGUUCAUAGUGUAAUAGAAAAGCAAAUUAAAAGGCACAUUAGAUCUGGUCCAAUAUACACUCCGCAACAAUAUUGCACUUUAAUUCGUACAGCAAAAAAGUCGGGUAGUCCUUACCAAGUGGAAGAGAUGACAUUUGUAAAGUUUUAUGACACUAAAAUCUUGCAAGAAGAGUGGGGUACCAAUUUCACUUUAGAUGAAGACCGUAAUCAAGUUAAAUGGCACGAUAUUAAAAUCUUACGAGUGGAAAAAGACAACCCGGGAGCAUUCUUUUAUAAAACCUCAUUUGCAGAUGAUGAUUAUAAAAAAGUAUCAGUGCGCAAACGCCGAACUGGUCAGAUAAUAUUUACGGGACUUAGACAAGCCUAUACACAAAAAAUACCCCUCCCUGAGACAAAAAUAAGAGACCUUACAGAUCUUAUAAGAAAACAUGCUAUACCACAGUCAUACGUAGAUUCAUAUUUUAAAAAUGUAAUGGGUAAUAUUUGA